ACAUGGCGAAAGCCUACGAUCAUCUCUUCAAGCUGCUGCUGAUCGGGGACAGCGGGGUGGGCAAGACGUGCCUCAUUGUGCGCUUCUCGGAGGACAGCUUCAACAGCACGUACAUCUCUACUAUAGGUAUUGACUUUAAAAUCAGAACCACAGAGAUCGAGGGGAAGAAAAUAAAACUCCAGGUCUGGGACACAGCAGGGCAGGAGAGGUUUAAAACAAUCACAACGGCCUAUUACCGGGGGGCCAUGGGGAUUAUUCUGGUCUAUGAUAUCACAGACGAGCGAUCCUAUGAGAAUAUCCAGAACUGGAUGAAGAGUAUUAAAGAGAACGCGGCGGCCGGGGUGGAGCGGAUGCUGCUGGGUAAUAAGUGCGACAUGGAGAACAAGCGGAAAGUCCCGAAGGAGCGAGGAGAGAAGCUCGCCAAGGAACAUGGCAUCCGAUUCUUUGAGACAAGUGCCAAGUCCAGUCAGAAUGUAGAUGAGGCAUUUAAUACACUGGCCAGAGAUAUUCUAAUGAAGAUCUCCAAGAGAUCAGCGCCGGGAGUUAAGGACCCGCUGGAUCUGAAAAGCUCAUCGAAGAAAGGAAGCAACAAGUGUUCGGUGCUUUAAUGUGGCGGAAGUGGCCGUCGGGCCCCAGUCAGACUAUGGGGAAAGCCAAACGCCUCUGAGCGAACCCCGGGGCCCCACUGUGAAAAGAGGAAAAUCUCGGGGUCCCCCCCCUGUUUUCAGGACUAUAUUGGGGGAAUCCAAGCACCACAGGGGUGUUAUAUCUAUAGAUUCUAGUAGCAAAAUGUCCCCUGCUGGGGGCCCUGAGCAGCGACUCUGCUGCCCCCCGGUGGCGGCUGCCGGAACCCCCUCCUACAGGGGUGAAAGGAGAAGAGCGCAGUUUCGGGGGGCAGAAGGGCCCAGAACUUUGGGAUAUUCCAUGUAUGUUCUGAUUCGCCCGUGGAAAGGCAACGCUAACGGAAUUACGUGGGGUCCUACGAGCACGAAUUCAGGGAUUUCAUAGGAAUUAUUGUGUUUCCCAACAUUCUGUUAUUUUGCCAAAAACCACAAAAUGGCCGUUCUUAAAGGGAUACUGUCGCCAUUAUAGGCAGUUUCAUUCCAUAGAAUCAUAUUUUAUUAUAGAUAUAUAUAGUGAUAGUGGCAUUCUGCAUUUCGGCAUUUUAUUGGCUGGUGAAUCACGUGACUAGCUCUACUUCCUCUCCGGCUAAGCACAGCAGCCGCCACCUUGCUUUAUGGCUGGGCCAUUAGAAUUCAUAGCAAUAGUCUGUCUGUGAGAGAGAAUUCAGCCUUCUUCUACCAACUCUUUUUCAAAGGGGGGUCACUGACCCCGGCAGCCAAACCCUAUUGCUCUGUGAGGCUCGCUGGUUGCUAAGAUAAUUUGAGCCCUAGCAACAGUAUAUCUGACCCCGGCAGCCAAACCCUAUUGCUCUGUGAGGCUCCAGUUUUAUUGUUACUGUUACUUUUUAUCCCUUAUCUUUCUAUUCGGCCCCUCCCCUAUUCGUAUAUCAGCCUCUCGUUCAAACAGCUCGCUGGUUGCUAAGGUAAUUUGAGCCCUAGCAACAGUAUAUCUGACCCCGGCAGCCAAACCCUAUUGCUCUGUGAGGCUCCAGUUUUAUUGUUAUUGUUACUUUUUAUUCCUUAUCUUUCUAUUCAGCCCCUCCCCCUAUAUCAGUCACUCUCUCAAAUCAUUCCCUGGUUACUAAGGUACACUAGACCAUAGCAACCAAAUUCCAAACGGGAGAGCUGCGGAACAUAAAGUAAAAUAAAUUAAAAAAAAAAAAAAACAACCUGUAAUAAAAAAAAA